AUGUUUAUCACGGUGAUGUUUGGAGCCGGCUGCUGGGAGCUGGUGAACCCCUGGUGCAGCCUGGUGACUCUGGCUAUCCACCUGAGGCAGAGGGGGCAGGUGCCCCCAGAUGCGACCAUCGCCCUCCUGGCUGAGGACGGGCACCUGGUGAGCCUGGUCGAGGGCCUGGAGGAGGGGGCUUCCCCAGCCCCCUCCAUGGGCACUGCCCUGCUGCAGGAGCGUAGGACCUAUGUCCUUGUGCAGAUCAUCAAGGGUGAGGGUGGGGCCCCCACCCGCUAUGAGUCCCUAUUGCAGAACCUGGAUGACCGGUGUCCAGAGCUGGCAGAGGAACUGCGCUGGCUGUCGGGCCUACCCCCCAUGGGUGAUGGCCGGAGGAGGCACAUGGCCACUCGGCGUGGCCACCAGGAGCAAGGCCCUCCUCCUUCAAGGUCUCGAAGGGUAGGCUCCCUGCCACCCAGGACCCGCUAGUUGGGGCCAGGAGCCAGGAUGCCAGCUGAAGGUGAAGCAGCAGUCUACCCACAGUGUGACAUCCAUUCUCCCCACCUUGUCAGCCACAGUGCCCGGCAGAUAGGCCAGUGAGAGGACACAGCAGGCUCUGGUCUAAAAUAAACUCUUUUAAUUGCA